CUGGGCCAGCCUGCUUCCCCACAGAUCCCGGGGCGGAGUCCUCGAAAGAGCCCCCUUCGGACAUCCCGCCCCCCGCUAGGCCUCCUCCUUCUCCUACCGCGGGAGAUGCCAACUCCGCCCGGCUGAGUCACGGCCUGAACUGGGGAGGAGGCGGGGAAAGGCGGCCCUAGCCCAGAUCGCAGCCAUCGGUCGCGGGGAGAGCAGGCAGGGUUGUCAGAGAUCAUGGGGGAGAGCGCGCUGGAGUCUGGGCCUGUGCCCGGGGCGCCUGCCGGGGGUCCCGUGCACGCCGUCACCGUGGUGACCUUGCUGGAGAAGCUGGCCACCAUGCUGGAGGCGCUGCGGGAGCGGCAGGGUGGCCUGGCCGAGAGGCAAGGCGGCCUAGCGGGCUCGGUGCGCCGCAUUCAGAGCGGCCUGGGCUCAUUGAGUCGCAGCCACGACACCACUAGCAACACACUGGCGCAGCUGCUGGCCAAGGCGGAGCGCGUGGGCUCUCAUGCCGAUGCAGCCCAGGAGCGGGCGCUGCGCCGCGCUGCUCAGGUGCAGCGGCUGGAGGCCAACCACGGGCUGCUGGUGGCGCGCGGGAAGCUGCACGUCCUGCUCUUCAAGGAGGAGACUGAAAUUCCAGCCCGCGCCUUCCAGAAAGCACCAGAACUCUUGGGCCCUGAGGACCAGUCGGUGCAGGAUCCAGAGCAGCCAGAGGAUCAAGUUGGAGAAAGUUCAGACGAGGAGCCGGUGGAGUCCCGGGCUCAGCGACUGCGACGCACCGGCUUGGAGAAGGUACAGAGCCUAAGAAGGGCCCUUUCCAGUCGUAAAGCACAACCCACACCGGUCAAGCCGCCACGCCUAGGGCCUGUCCGGAGCUCUGACGGCCCACCAGAUGGCCAGCCUGUAGCUCAACCAGAUGCACCGGAGGAGUCCGCACUAGAGUCUGCCCUGGAGCCAGAACCUCCUCAGGCUACCAAGGAGGAUCCCGAGAGGCCUGUGCUUCAAAUCGAGAGUGCAGCCUGAUCGCUGGAGCUGCCGGGCCCCACUCGGGGUUUAGGCCUUGUCCCAAAAUAAAUCCUUAAGGCGUGCAGCACUUACACCCAAAUAAGGAGAAAAUCCUGCAUCCACUGCCCAGUUCCGACCCUCCCUUCCUGGCCUUCCAGUCUGGUACCCUGUGUCCUCGGAAAGAGGAGCAUUCAACCUAAUUUAGUCUCACUGCAAUAAAAGUAAUUUCAUCUAACCCAGAGUCCAUGCAAAAGGGCGAGGAUGGGCUGGGGUGGGGAGGGCAGUAGGAGGAGUAAGCGUGGUGGAGCCCGGAAUGGUGGAGAGGCAAACGUUUCUCACUUUCCCCUGAAUCCCGGGUCUCCAUUGGCUCGGAGAAAUACCCUGCUGGCCACUAACUGCUUAAACACUUUCCUUGUGGGGACACACAUCUAAAUGAAGUUUGAGGCCCUGCUGGGGUGGAGGGUGCUGUGCUGUUCUUUGAUGAAAAUGCCCAGUUGAUGUUAACUAAAGCUUUCCCAUUUAGCCUCUUUGACCUCUAUCAGAGUUGAGUUUCACAGGGCGCAUUCCUCAGUCUUGUUUCCGGCUUCUACUCUCUCAUGCUCACACCGAGGUCUCUCCUAGAGGCCACAUACAAUCCAGACCGUUGGGGUGGAGCUCAGUUGAAAAGCAAUCCAAAAGCAGCCCUUGGUCUACUUAUGUUCUCCUGCCAAAAAUAAAACACACAAACCACUCAUUGUUUUCAAAAACAAAUGAGUAACCUUAUAGGCUGAGUCUAGGCCACUUAGAUUUGAGCAUCUCUUACAAACAAAGUGUGAUGAGCUGACUUCAUGCGUGAAAUGUAACUCCACAGUCUUCAUGUCGAUGUAAAAAAUAAAAUAAUGAUAGGCUGUAGAUGCUUUUUAGAUUUUUGUUAGGGUUUGAAUCUGAAAUGUCCUCUGAAAGCUCAUUGCUGUGAGCUUGGUUGCAAGGUUUUUUUUCAUUCAUUCAUUUUUUCUUUCUUCCUUUCUUUUUCUGUUGUAGCAGAAUGGGUUCUAAUCUAAUAAAUGGAUUCAGUCCUUGAUGGAUCCAUCAUAAGUCACCAUUAUUGGGAGAUGGUGAAAAGUGGGAGGUAAGUCUUAGUUGGAGAAAAUAGGUCGCUGUAUGUGUGUACAGACAGAUGGACACUUUAUUGCCUGUCUCUGUUUCCUGGAUGCUGUGAAGUGAGCAUUCUCAGCCA